AUGAAGGACGUUGUCUCCACUCAACUGGACUCUGACAAUUGUAACCGUGUCAACGUGAAGAGAAAAGGCCGCGGCCGCCCGCGAAAAUCUUCUCUGUCAACGUCUAAUUGUCGAACAGCUGCCUCUGAGAAUGCUCUUUCGGUAACCUCCGCCAAGGUGGCCGAGUCUUCACUGACCAGUAUCCCCACAACUGUUGAUGCCACCCUUUCAUGCGAGCCGUUGUCAAGCGUGUCGGUAUCCCCAAGUGAUUUGACUUCAACGGACAAUGCUACAACAGAUCAAAACCUUACCAAAGGUAUCGCCGAAAUAGAAUUGUUAGACCCAUUGCUUUCCCACAAUCUAGCGAACCUGCGGCCACCUUCACCGCAUACAAACUUAUCAACUCAAGACACCCUCACAUCUACAGAAGAGAUGGCACCGUUGCAUACUCAUAAACGGAUAUCAUGCCUAGAUUUUGUGGUGACGCCACCACCGGCUAAACGCGUCCAUCGUGAACAAGAAGUGGCACAAUGGAUACAAGAACUGGAGCAUCUCAACCAGGAGGUCGCCAGCCUUGCAGCGAGGCAAGCAGAGAUAAUGCAAAAACUGAAAAGUGCAGGCGCUAUGGAUAUCCCAGAACUUGACUCACCUGUGGACGCUUUCGCUUGUCGAACCCGGCUGAGAGCCCUAGAGGUGGAGAUUGAAGCAGAACGACAGAAGACGCAUGAGUACGAACUGGUACUUGAGGACAUUCGGAGAGAAUGCAAGGCCCCGUUCAUCGUCCCCUCUUUGCUAGAUGCUUUUAUUGAAGUCGCCAAAUUGACUAAUGCCGCCGUGAAACUCUGA